CUCAUUUUCCCCCAAUUCUCCUUUUUCUUUUCUCCACUCGAACCAGUCAGGAAUACGAAAUCCGAACAAUAAAUGGCUGGAAGCCAAUUACCGAUAGUCUUAGCCUAUCAUAUGAGUUUAUCUUAUUAAGCCUUUAAGGCCAGACCGAUAACCGUAAUCAACGGUUCUCGACGGUCUUUCUUGCUAAUCCACACGGUUCGGUAUCUUUCUACUUCGGAUCACCUCAUGGCCAAUGCCUGGCUGUUCCUGUCCCACCCAUUCCCGAUGGGCCGAUAUGUGUAAGCGGUGUGGUCUUAAAUACUUCUUCACGUCCAAAACUCAACUUCUUCAAUCCAUCUAUCUCUCUAUCUCUACUAUCUUCUCUCUCUUCUUAAUUUCCACUUCCAACCGUCAAAAUGACUAAGGGUUUCAACGCUGGUGACGCCUUCCCCGAGAACGUCGUGUUCUCUUACAUCCCCUGGUCCGAGGAGUCCGGCGAGAUCACCUCUUGCGGUAUCCCCAUCAACUACAACGCCUCCAAGGAGUUCGCCAACAAGAAGGUCAUCCUCUUCGCUCUGCCCGGUGCCUUCACUCCCGUCUGCUCCGCCAACCACGUCCCCGAGUACAUCCAGAAGCUCCCCCAGCUCCGCGAGAAGGGUGUCGACCAGGUUGCCGUCCUCGCCUACAACGAUGCCUACGUCAUGAGCGCCUGGGGCAAGGCCAACGGCGUUACCGGCGAUGACAUUCUCUUCCUCUCCGACCCCGAGGCCAAGUUCUCCAAGUCCAUCGGCUGGGCCGACGAAGAGGGUCGCACCUACCGCUACGUGAUCAUCAUCGACCACGGCAAGGUCACCUACGCCGCCAAGGAGUCUGCCAAGAACACCCUGGAGGUCUCCAGCGCCGACGCUGUCUACAAGCAGCUGUAAAUGCCUCCAGUUUCGAUUCUGACUGGUAUAGAAUGGCCGCAAGGUAGAACAUGGGUUGAUAGGAGUACACAUGUAUUCCCUGCUUUUUUUAGCGCUUUAGAAUAGAUCGCCCUGUUACUUCUGUUGGCUAUGGCAUAGAGUGAAUACAAUUAAUGAAGCUACGAGUUCAUUUUUCCA